AUGAAGCGCGCCGCCAUUGCGUUUUGGCGCGAAAUGCCAAUCGCUGUCACUUUUGCCUUUAUGGUGUUGGCAUGCGCUGUUUCAGCCAGGGAUAUUGUGUUGGAUGAUGCUUACACUGUUAUAGAAGCAGCCACAAAUGAGAGAUUACGAUUAGUGUGUGGUCUAAAGCCCAGAAAUCAGAUGCCAGCCGUCCGGUGGUUUUUCGAUGGAAAACCCAUAGAAUACCAGGGGAAAGGCAGACUCGUACAACAAAGACAGUGGUUAAGAAUAAAAAGCUUUAGAGCAAAGGACGCUGGUGUCUACGCCUGUCAAAAUGAAGAAGAUAACAGCAAGGAAAUGAGCGUCACCAUCAAACACAAACCUGAUCUGGAUGCUGAUAUUGAAGAAUACCAGUCUGAUGACAUACAAAGACCGAUGCCAGAAAUAUUAGCGCAACAUUCCGCUCAGUUAGUAGAAAAUAACACCAUCGAAGAACCGCAUAAAGAAUACGACGUCAAAGACGACGAUCCUGAUGACAAGAAUGAGAAGGAGCACCUCAAUUAUGGACACGUCGACAACACCAAAUCUAAAUACGCGCCGAAGUUUAAGCAUCCUUUGAAAAUGUUCAAUAUGGAGAUGAAACCAGCUGGUAGUUCUAUUCGAUUUAAGUGUGCUGCUGAAGGUAAUCCUAUGCCCAACAUAACGUGGUACAAAAAUAAUGUUACACCCAUCUCGAGGAGUUACUUCAAGCCAUCUUACGGAAAAUGGUCGAUGUCAUUAGAUGAAUUGACUAAAGCAGACAAUGGGAAUUACACUUGCAAGGUUUGCAGUGAGUUGGGAUGUGUUCAACAUACAUAUACUCUUCAUAUACAGGAGCGUCUAUACGCCAAACCGGUGUUAACUCAAGCGGCCGUCAAUCAGACGAAGCUUGUUGGGCAAACAGCGAAAUUUAGCUGCGAAUUCCUAUCAGACCUACAUCCGUCGGUUUACUGGAUGUAUUUUAACAAACACGAGUAUAUUUAUAAUGAGAGUACGUCGGACGCGUCUAGCAAAGAGCCAGUCGUGUACAAAGACGUGUCUAAAGUCGUUCUGACCGAAAAUCCACUGGACAUGCCAGAACAGUUGACUAUAUACAACGUAACGAAAGAGGACGAGGGCUGGUACGUCUGUGUUGCACUUAACUCUCUGGGAAAUACUACUGCAAAGGGAUACUUGACCGUACUAGAUUCAUUUCCCGUGCCAGAAGCGUUAGACCACGGAAAACACACGCUGCUUAUAAACAUUCUAACAGCAGUAUUGGGUGCUAUGUUUUUUGUAGCUGCUAUCAUAGUGGUUAUGAUAUUCAAGAAACUGAAACAAGAGAAACUAAAGAAGCAGUUAGCGAUAGAAACAGCUAGAGCUGUGAUCGUCACACACUGGACCAAAAAGGUCACAGUGGAGAAGCCACAGAUGAAUGGCUCUCCGACUACUACUGAAGAAGGCUUGCUAAUGCCCGUCGUGAAAAUCGAAAAGCAGAAGCUGUCCCAAGUGCAGAACAACUCUGAUUCAAUGAUGAUGUCAGAAUACGAACUCCCAGUGGACAUAGAUUGGGAGGUUCCAAGAGAGUCGUUGGCUCUGGGCAAAGUGUUGGGUGAAGGCGAGUUUGGAAAGGUCGUCAAAGCAGACUGUGUGGGGAUUUUGAAGCCUGGCUUACAAUCUGUGGUCGCUGUUAAGAUGUUGAAAGAGGGCCACACUGACGCUGAAAUGAUGGCGCUAGUAUCGGAAAUGGAGAUGAUGAAAAUGAUAGGCAAACAUGUGAAUAUUAUCAACUUGUUGGGCUGCUGUACUCAAGAUGGGCCGCUUUAUGUCAUAGUAGAAUACGCCCCUAACGGCAAUUUGAGGGAAUUUUUAAGGAAUCACCGACCCGGAAACAGGUAUGAAUCCCCAUGUGAGGAUUUUAAAGAAAAGAAGACAUUAACACAGAAAGAUCUUGUAUCAUUCUCGUACCAAGUGGCAAGAGGAAUGGAGUAUUUGGCUUCUAGACGGUGUAUCCAUCGUGACUUAGCAGCACGUAACGUACUGGUAUCAGACGACUGCGUGCUGAAGAUAGCUGAUUUUGGUCUAGCCAAGGAUGUUCAUAGUAAUGACUAUUACCGUAAGAAAACAGAAGGGCGACUUCCUGUCCGAUGGAUGGCGCCAGAGUCACUUUACCACAAAGUAUUCACUACGCAGACUGACGUAUGGUCCUUUGGCGUCCUCCUAUGGGAGAUAAUGACGCUAGGUGGAACGCCAUACCCGACAGUGGCGGGACAAUACAUGUAUCAGCACCUCAGCGCUGGACAUCGUAUGGAAAAGCCUCCCUGCUGCAGUCUUGAGAUUUACAUGCUAAUGCGAGAAUGCUGGUCAUUCUCUCCCGGCGAUCGACCGUCGUUCACCGAACUAGUAGAAGAUCUAGACAAAAUUCUGACAGUGACAGCUAACCAGGAGUAUUUAGACUUGGGUCUACCACAGCUGGACACCCCGCCUUCUAGUUAUGAUGGCUCUGGAGACGAAAGUGACAGUGAAUUUCCAUUCAUAAAAUAA